AAAUAAGAACAUAUGGCAGACUGAUUCACAUAGAACAAAAGUGGUAACUAGUUCAAAGAAAGUCCCAAAUCACAACAUCGAAGCCCAAGGUUGUCUUGAAGACUGUCGACCUUGACAGUAGACAGUACUUUAGUAAUUCGUACAUUGAAAUGUCAAAGUAAAAAAUAAUAUGAUAAUACAUUUUGGCUGUAACAUAUUUGUAUAUUUUUUAAAUAAUUUUGUGUUACGUUAACGUUUAUAAAGAUGAACUUCCGGGCCAUAUUUUUUUGGUUAGUUUUAAAGGUGCAUUGGAAGAUAGGAGCUUUCUCUGAAAAUCAUAAUUUUGGAUCAGCCGACGAUCCCCAUUCUAGCAGAGAUUUGAGAGGCUCUAGUUUCACUGGUGGACAACAAUUUCUUCCUGAUGUUUCUAUCGACACUUGUAAUAUUGAUGAUUUUGCAUGCCUGGCGAUGGCUCAGAAAGAUCGGUUGGGGCUAGAAGCUAUAAAACAGCUCCACAAACAGCUUGAUGAUGAUAAAGAUGGGAACAUAGAUUUGUCUGAAUCUGAUGAUUUUCUGAAAGAAGAGCUGAAAUAUAAUUCGGGAGCAGAGAAAAGACAAAAAAAUUUCCAUCGCAAUGAUGACUAUCACAUUUCUGUUAGAGAAUUAUGGGAAGCUUGGUUGAAGUCCGAGGUACAUAAUUGGACGGUAGAACAGACAACUGAUUGGUUAACUACUUAUGUGGAACUGCCUCAGUAUGUCCCUAAGUUCCUAGAAAACAGGGUUACUGGUGCUAAUUUGCCAAGAUUGGCUGUUAAUAAUGCGCCAUACUUAGCUGCCCUUGGAAUCAAAGAUCCGAUUCACAAACAAAAAAUCGCCCUGAAGGCAAUGGAUGUUGUUCUUUUCGGACCACCUAAAGAUGUUCCCCAUUGGAAAGACUUAACAUUGAUCUUUUUGACGAUUGUUGGCGGUCUUGGUGUAUGGUAUGCGUAUCAGCAGAACAAAAAGUUCAAGAAUCAUCUGAACCGCAUGAAUAGCGAUAUGGACAGUCUUCAAAAUGCCGAGAAGGCUUUGGAAAAUCUUCAGAAAGAAUUGGAGCAAGCUAAGCAGGCUCAAGAAACCGUUAUAAGUGAAAAACAAAAUUUAGAAAAGAAACUUCAGGAUUCCAAAAGUGAGCUUUGCUCUUUACCAAGUUCCUAUUCCGAUUUGGAAGUCACUCAGCUCAAAGCAGAAAUAGAGAUGUUGAGAACUGAACUGCAACUCGCAGAAGGGGAACUUAAAGAUCGCUGCUGGACACCACCUGUAGCAUUACAACAGUGGCUCCAAUUAACCCACGAAAUUGAGAAUAAGUCCUAUCUGAAAAAGAAGAUGGCUGCUGAAAAGCAACUGCAGCAAGCCAGAGAGGCUUGUGAGAAAUUGAGAAAGAAAAGAUCUAGCCUUGUUGGUGCUUUUGUCUCGACGCACGGUAAAUCAAUAGAUGAAGUUGAUAGAAGCAUCGUUGAAGCAAGAACGUCGCUGAAUGAGGUCACACAAGAACUUCAAGAAAGAGUUCACAGGUGGAAGCAAAUAGAAAUGUUGUGUGGAUUCAAUAUCAUAAAUAAUAAUGGUUUUAAUUAUUUGGAGAAUGCCCUUUACAGAAACAUCAAUGGUCGUGGAUUUGGGUUAAGAGGACGCAUGAGUAGCACGGACGAUUUGGAUGAUGACACUGGAUCUGUCUAUAGUGCCUUCCAAGGAUAUGCUGACACUGGGAUGAUGCAUAGCAAAGAUGGAGACUCUUCAAGUAGUGAAACUAGUAAGCAGGAUGAAGAAGUGAGAUCCAGUGACGUGAAAGUGAGCAGUAGGAAUAACGUUCACUUUUUAGUUGGUGAUGAAGG